CGGCGAAGUCAGUCCCUGCUGGAAGCACGUAUCAACUUUCACAAAAAUAUCUUCAAAGAUCUUUCACAAUGACCUUCAGGGUCCAUCUCACUGGGCGUCGACACAUGGACCUACUGCGAUAACCGGUGUUCCGCUGGGUGCUGCUUCCGAGUGGUACGUAUGGCUUUCUCUUGCCAUUUCAGCAACAUCUACCUACGUAUUUCAUAACUUUAUCCGCAAACGUUUCCAAGUACUUCUCCCAAACAACCAUGAAAUUGAUUGCCGUCUUGGAAACCAAUCAAAUCGAAGUGCCGCGACAAGAUGUUCGUGAGGCUCUUGCUGCGAGUCCAGACACAUAUUUGGCAGCCCAACAACAAGUCAUGAAGCCCCAAUUGAUAUUUGGAGUGCAGUAUGUUCUGGAUCAUAUUCCCAAAGAUGAACUGGUCGUUCGCAUGGGAUGGGCAGCAUCAGGCCAUCGAAUGCUAGGAGCGCCCAUUCUGGGCCUUUUCGUCUUGACCAGCAAUCAGCUCCUUUUUGUGCGGCAGGAUCCCUCGACUAAACAACCCGUUCUUCAAGAGUACCCACUGUCCGGCAUCUCCAAAGUAUCGCAAUCGGGAUGGCCCCUUGGAUUGCGAAAGUUGCAUUUUACAGCCAACGGAGAAGAGCAUACCUUGGAACGUGUCCACAAGGAUAAUGCUAGCUAUAUCGAGCAGGAGCUAUCCAAAUAGACAUGCCUGCUGUGCCUGUAGCCAGUAUAAUAGAAUAGGCUUAAUUUAAUCGCUUUAGGCUCAUUGUGCGUUAUAGCAACGGCG